CGUCACGCUGUUUUACCCUAGAAACUGAAACGGAACGUAAUUAUUUACGUGACUUAUGAAAAGUCAUCGGCGAUUGUUUCUAAUUUGUCAUCGCCGCCGUUGAACUAUCUCGCCGGCGAUAAUGAUCUACGUUGGUGGAGUGCAAUUUCUAGACGAGAGUAGCUCUUUUUCAUUGUCUUCUUCAUCGCAGGGAAGUAGCUUGCUUGUUGAUGUAAUGAGUCAUCCUGUGAUAACGUUAGCUUCUGAUUCCUUUAAGAAUCUUGAGGAAAAGAAUGUUUCUUUCGAUGAAAGUGAUUCAGAGAGCUCAACAAAAGACAGAUAUGUUUACAUAUUCCAAAGAGAAUUUGCUGUUGUGAAUCCAGCUCUUGUUGAUUUUGUUGGCACCGAUGAAGCAACAACUUGUGUAGGCCUUGUUAUCCGCAACAGAAAAUCUGGAAUGACGUCUGUUGCACACAUGGAUUCGCCAGAGAUUGUGGAUUUGGGGAUAAGCCAGAUGUUGUUAUUGGUUUUACAGGAUGACGUAGAUGCCGAGUUAGAUGUACAUAUGGUUGGUGGUUAUGAAGAUGUCGACAUAAAAAAUGCUGAUGGUGUUGGUGACUAUGCCAAACCAGAGGGUUAUUCAUUUCCGUUGUGUUGCAAAUUAGUAGAAACUUUGCAGAAGAGAAGAGAAAACUUUCACAUUCAAACCCUCUUUAUUCUUGGGCACAAUACCAAGUUGGAUUCACAAGCAAACACGUGCCCCAUUUUUAAUGGAUGCCUGGUGAAUACCAGCACCGGUGCAAUCUUGCCAGCCAGUUUCAACAGAACAUCUAGAUGUCCGGAUGAGAUCGUUAGAAGAAUUCGAGUUUCAUCAUCGUUUGAAGAUUCUAGCUGGAAGGGAAAGUUACUUGACACAUAUGACACAAAAACUGAUAGAUUCAUCAUCGCACCAUGCCGCUGGACAAUGCGCUUGAUUGAAUAUGUUUGGGAACUUAAUCAGCUUACUGAUGAAGAAAUCCUCACUAACUGUUCCACCUCACCUUCUGCUGAAGGUCCAGACUUCGUAAACAGUUUAAGAAGGUUAGUCAUUUUGGAAGCUUCCACUGGAUCAUUAUCUAGAACACAAACAGGACAUAGGAAAAUUUGCAUUCUCUUUCUUUUUGUGUGUUUUAGGAAUUGGGGAUAUUUACUGAAAUAUCCAGAAUGGAGCAAAACAUUCCCAAGGAGGCAACCACGUGUGUUUGAAAGAACUGUCGAUGGACACUGGAAAAAAUGCUGACUUUCUCAUCUAAUCAUCAUGACAUUAUCCAGAAAUCUGGCUAAAAACAACGGUUAGUGUAUCUAACAUUUUGAGAUUUAUGUAAAUGGUCAAGAACACAUGUGAUUGAUUCUUGGACACAGAAAAUGUUUGAUUUAUCUUUUUGACUUUUUGUAUCAAACGUUGCAAGUUUGGUUCCUAUGAAAAUAUGGGCCGGAUCAGGCCCGGUAGACCUAUAUGUUGCCCAUGGUAGACAUUCCA